UAUUAAUGCGAGUGUUGUUGAUUGCUGCUCUCUUCCUUCUUUCAUCGACGACGACGACGACUCUCUUUAUCUCCGAGAAUCCAAUUUGGCGAUUUUGGAUUGCUUUCUGCCAAUUUGAUUGUCUGCUGCUGCUGCGAUGGACCUAAAUGCUUCACCGGAGCCCGAGGAAGAGGAGGAUCCUUUUCUUAAGAGACGCCUUGAACCCCGAGCAGAGUCUGCUGUUGAGAUCGCUAGACGGGAGCGUGAAGAAAGAACCAAAAGGAUGAGACUUGACAGGCCUUCCCGAAACUCUCACCAUGAUCACCACCAGUUUCACCACAACAACAAUAGUGAUACUAGAGUCUAUGAUAAAAGCAAGAUCCCUCAAGGUUGGCUGGAUUGUCCUGGUUUUGGUCUGGAGAUAGGAUGCAUCAUUCCUUCUAAGGUUCCCCUUAGCGAAUCUUACAACGAACAUGUUCCUCCUGGCAAAAGAUACUCUUUUAAACAAGUCGUCCGCAACCAGAGAAUCAGUGGACGAAAAGUAAUCUCUUCUUCACUUCUUUCUAUGCUAUGUGCAACUCUCCUCUGA